UUCUAGUCCAGGGGAAUGCUAGCAGUUUCGCUGCUUCACGCAUGGCAUCAUGGCCAGUGGCCAGAUGGUGCCCAGCGAUCGCACGCUUCGCCUUGGACUGGAUCCUGGGUGUGUGGGAGGGCAGAGGGUCUGGCACUGGAGGUUCGCUCCCACCAAUGGCCAGUACGCCGCUGAGUACGCCUAUCACAGCGUGCCGGCGAAUCCAGGUGACUCAGUGGCAGUAGCUGUCGAGCAAGAUGCCAGCCAAGUUCCGCAAGGCAGAGCUGUUGGCGAUUGCCAAGCGCUUUGCUCGAUGCUUUGCAACUGGACGAACCUGUUGCUGGUGUGCGUUCCGCUCGGGUUCAUCAGCCAUCUCAGGGACUGGGGCUGCCUAGCGGUCUUUUCCUUAAACUUCUUGGCCAUCGUGCCGCUGGCUGGGAUACUGGGCGGCGCUACUGAAGCGCUUGCAGUGCACACCGGUCAGAUGAUCGGUGGCCUGCUAAAUGCAACCUUCGGCAAUGCUGUGGAAAUGAUUGUGACCGUGAACGCCAUCAAAGCCGGCCUGGUAACAGUGGUGCAAGGCAGCUUAAUCGGUUCUGUGCUAUCCAACUUGCUGCUGGUGCUAGGCAUGGCGUUCUUUGCCUCUGGAGUGGUUCGAAAGGAAAAUUGCUUCAAUGAGAUGGGCGCAUCAGCGAAUGUGAUUUGCCUAGCGUUGGGCUCUGUGGCACUCGCCUUGCCCACAGUGUUCAACGGCCUGGAAAACACCAGCAAGCAGGAUGUGCUGGCGGUGUCGCGAGCAUCUUCGGGAGUGGUGGCUGCUAUCUACGUAUGCUUCCUCGUUUUCCAGCUUGGCACCCACUCCGACAUGUUCCUCGGUGGUGAAGAUGAGGAAGAAGAGGUCACACUGUCCGCGCUGUGCGCGUUGCUAGUGCUGAUCGGGGCCACUGUUGCAGUUGCAGCCUGCUCGGAACUCCUAGUUGACUCCAUCGAAGGUGUCACAGAGGACUAUGGGCUUCCGGAGGCCUUCAUCGGAGUGAUUCUGCUCCCGAUUGUUGGAAAUGCUGCUGAACAUGCAACGGCGGUCACGGUGGCGAUCAAGGGCAAGAUGGACCUCUCCCUUGGCGUGGCCGUCGGCUCUUCUACACAGAUCGCCCUGCUGGUGGUCCCCUUCUCGGUCUUUGUGGGCUGGGCAUACGACGUGCCCAUGUCCCUGGACUUCCGAAGGUUUGACACCUCCGUGCUGCUGCUGUCCGUACUCAUGGUGAGCCUUGUGCUCCGAGACGGCAGCUCAAACUGGCUCCAGGGGGCUAUCCUGAUGGCAAUCUACCUUUUGGUUGCCAUCCUGUGCUGGUACAUUCCACCGCGCGAAGAAGCGGGGUGAGAGCUUCUUGAGACCUGCUUCUGACGAUGUGUAGAGGAUGUGCGUUAUCAAAUAAGUAGCCACUCUUCACUCACGCAGCCUGCCGCUGGUUCGCCAAAAAGGU